AAUGAAUUCAGAAUAUCCCAUAAUUUCAUGGAAAGAAUUGAUAAAGCAUUUUAAAAGAUAAUCAUUAUGGGUUGUAAUAGAAGGUAUGGUUUAUGAUGUGAGUACAUAUUUGGAUAAGCAUCCAGGAGGUGAGGAAAUUUUAAGAAAAUGUGGAGCCAAGGAUGCCACAGAAUAAUUCUUAGAAUAUAAUCAUUCAAAUUAUGCACGAUCGAUACUUGCAUCUAGAUUGGUUGGACAAUUAACAAAUGAACCACCACCUGAUAAUUAUGCUUAAUUACUUAAACAAAGAAAAUAAAGAGUAAGAGUAAAUUCAAAUACAGAUUAAAAAUCCAUACAAAGCAAUUACUUGGGAAGAAUUAGAAUGCCAUAAUACAUCAGAUGAUGCUUGGAUUGUAAUAGAUGAUGAUGUGUAUGAUAUAACUGAUUUUUUGGGUCAACAUCCUGGAGGAAUUAAAUUAUUAUUAGAUAAAGCAGGUGAUGAUGCAUCUACAUUCUUCCAUCGAGUAGGUCAUUCUUAAUCAGCUCAUAAAAUUAUGGGUGAAUUAUAAGUAGGAAUAAUUGUAGGUAUUUUGUAUAUAAUUAUAUAUAAGGAAUAAAACCAAAAAAAAAGGAAAAACAACAACCAACUAAUUAUGUGUUAAUAUUGUUUAUCAUAAUAGUAUUUUUUGUAUUUCUUUAUUUAUUAUUAUUUUGA